GGACCAUGGGCUCCAUGUUCCGGAGCGAGGAGGUGGCCCUGGUCCAGCUCUUUCUGCCCACAGCUGCUGCCUACACCUGCGUGAGUCGGCUGGGCGAGCUGGGCCUCGUGGAGUUCAGAGACCUCAACGCCUCGGUGAGCGCCUUCCAGAGACGCUUUGUGGUUGAUGUUCGGCGCUGCGAGGAGCUGGAGAAGACCUUCACCUUCCUGCAGGAGGAGGUGCGGCGGGCUGGGCUGGUCCUGCUCCCGCCUGAGGGGAGGCUGCCGGCACCCCCACCCCGGGACCUGCUGCGCAUCCAGGAGGAGACAGAGCGCCUGGCUCAGGAGUUGCGGGAUGUGCGGGGCAACCAGCAGGCCCUGCGGGCCCAGCUGCACCAGCUGCAGCUCCACGCCGCCGUGCUGGGCCAGGGCCAUGGACCCCAGCUGGCAGCUGCCCACACAGAUGCGACCUCAGAGAGGAUGCCCCUGCUACAGGCUCCCGGGGGGCCGCACCAGGACCUGAGGGUCAAGUGAGUGAGGGUUAACCUCUUGUCCUUUCUGGCCAGCCCAGAACCCCUGGCCAGUUGCUGGGCUGGGCCAGGCUGAGCUCCAACUCCUUGUCCAGUGCUCUCCCCUCUGUUCCUGCUCUCAGGCUGCCCCCACCUCCUCCUUCAGGCCUGGAACUUCCCAUAGUCCCAAGCCCUGGCCCUGGGGGGGUCCUCCUCUUCUGGCCCUGCCCGGGAGGCCUCCUGCCUUCCACUGUGGGCAGGGCCAGUGGGCCCAAUUGCCCGAUUACCCAUGCUGGUCAGGGUCCUGCCCGGAGGGCCUGGUGGGGGAGGCAGGGUGGGAGGUUGGAGCAGCCCUGCCCAGCCCCGUGGCCGCCAGCUUUGUGGCAGGUGCCGUGGAGCCCCACAAGGCCCCUGCCCUAGAGCGCCUGCUCUGGAGGGCCUGCCGCGGCUUCCUCAUCGCCAGCUUCAGGGAGCUGGAGCAGCCGCUGGAGCACCCCGUGACGGGCGAGCCAGCUACGUGGAUGACCUUCCUCAUCUCCUACUGGGGCGAGCAGAUUGGACAGAAGAUCCGCAAGAUCACGGACUGGAGGAGGCCCGCCGCGGAGCCCUGCGGCAGCUGCAGCAGCAGAGCCAGGAGCUGCAGGAGGUCCUGGGGGAGACAGAGCGGUUCCUGAGCCAGGUGCUGGGCCGGGUGCUGCAGCUGCUACCGCCGGGGCAGGUGCAGGUCCACAAGAUGAAGGCUGUGUACCUGGCCCUGAACCAGUGCAGUGUGAGCACUACACACAAGUGCCUCAUUGCCGAGGCCUGGUGCUCUGUGAGAGACCUGCCUGCCCUGCAGGAGGCCCUUCGGGACAGCUCGACGGAGGAGGGAGUGAGUGCCGUGGCUCACCGAAUCCCCUGCCGGGACAUGCCCCCCACGCUCAUCCGCACCAACCGCUUCACAGCCAGCUUCCAGGGCAUCGUGGACGCCUACGGCGUGGGCCGCUACCAGGAGGUCAACCCCGCUCCCUAUACCAUCAUCACCUUCCCCUUCCUGUUUGCUGUGAUGUUUGGGGAUGUGGGCCAUGGACUGCUCAUGUUCCUCUUCGCCCUGGCCAUGGUGCUUGCGGAGAACCGGCCGGCAGUGAAGGCCGCACAGAAUGAGAUCUGGCAGACUUUCUUCAGGGGCCGCUACCUGCUCCUGCUCAUGGGUCUGUUCUCCAUCUACACCGGCUUCAUCUACAACGAGUGCUUCAGUCGCGCCACCAGCAUCUUCCCCUCGGGCUGGAGUGUGGCCGCCAUGGCCAACCAGUCUGGCUGGAGUGAUGCAUUCCUGGCCCAGCACGCGACGCUUACCCUGGAUCCCAACGUCACCGGUGUCUUCCUGGGACCCUACCCCUUUGGCAUUGACCCUGUCUGGAGCCUGGCUGCCAACCACUUGAGCUUCCUCAACUCCUUCAAGAUGAAGAUGUCUGUCAUCCUGGGGGUUGUGCACAUGGCCUUUGGGGUGGUCCUUGGAGUCUUCAACCACGUGCACUUUGGCCAGAAGCACCGGCUGCUGCUGGAGACGCUGCCGGAGCUCACCUUCCUGCUGGGGCUCUUCGGUUACCUCGUCUUCCUAGUCAUCUACAAGUGGCUGUGUGUCUCGGCUGCCAGCGCCGCCUCGGCCCCCAGCAUCCUCAUCCACUUCAUCAACAUGUUCCUCUUCUCCCACAGCCCCACCAACCGGCCGCUCUACCCCCGGCAGGAGGUGGUCCAGGCCACGCUGGUGGUCCUGGCCUUGGCCAUGGUGCCCGUCCUGCUGCUAGGCACACCCCUGCACCUGCUGCGCCGCCACCGCCCCCACCUGCGGAGGAGGCCCGCUGGCCGACAGGUGGGACCGGGCCUAAGGUGUAGGGGGCUGCUUGGGAGGAGAGGCCACUGUCCGGAGGAAGACAAGGCUGGGUUGCUGGACCUGCCUGAUGCAUCUGUGAAUGGCUGGAGCUCCGAUGAGGAAAAGGCAGGGGGCCUGGAUGAUGAAGAGGAGGCUGAGCUCGUCCCCUCCGAGGUGCUCAUGCACCAGGCCAUCCACACCAUCGAGUUCUGCCUGGGCUGCGUCUCCAAUACCGCAUCCUACCUGCGCCUGUGGGCCCUGAGCCUGGCCCACGCCCAGCUGUCCGAGGUUCUGUGGGCCAUGGUGAUGAGCAUCGGCCUGGGCCUGAGCCGGGAGGUUGGCGUGGCGGCUGUGGUGCUGGUCCCCAUCUUUGCCGCCUUUGCUGUGAUGACUGUGGUCAUCCUGCUGGUGAUGGAAGGGCUCUCGGCCUUCCUGCACGCCCUGCGGCUGCACUGGGUGGAAUUCCAGAACAAGUUCUACUCCGGCACAGGCUACAGGUUGAGUCCCUUCACCUUCGCUGCCACAGAUGACUAGGGCCCACUGCAGGUCCUACCAGACCUCCAUCCUGACCUCUGAGGCAGGAGAGGAAUAAAGAGGGUCCGCCCUGGGGA